AUGAGUAGGAUUCGCGUUAAUUCGUCUCCUGAAUUAGCUGCUUCUCAGCAUUAUGAUGAUUCUGCAUUAGAAGGAGUCGCAGCAAAUGUGAAGUUAUUGCUGAAACUAAUCCAAGAUCACAAGGAAGCUUGCAAUAAAGAGAAAAAGGAUGGGAGAAGAAUGUUAAGGGUGGCUACAAUGAUGACAAUUCUUGAUAAUGUUAGGACAAGAAUUCAGAAAUGUCAAUCAUUUGGUAAUAGGACUUCAGAAGCUGAGCUGAGGCCAUGCAACACGGAUCUUAGGCCUAACCAUGUUCCGAGGGACAAAAAGCAUGGGGAACCGAUAGCAGAUGAAAAAGAAAGGCUACGAAAAGAGUUAAAUGCGAGCUUGGCAGCACGAAAGAGCCUCGAGAUAAUGUGUUGUAGUUUGGGAAAAGAGAAAGAGAUUAUGGCCACAGAGCUUUCUAGAAAGGUACAUGAAUUGAAUGGAAUGGAAGAGCUUGUCAAUGAUUUCAAAGCACAAAAUGAGACAUUGUUGGAAAAGGUACAAGAAUGCGCGUUAGAACAUAAAGAAAGGGGAGGUGCCGGAGGAAAGCAAGGAACCAUAGCCCUCCAAGAACGUAAUAAAGUACUCUCGGAACAACUUUUGAGGUCGCUUGAUAGAUAUAAAUCCAUGAAGAGGAAACUAAAAGAAGCACAAGAAGAAUACGGGGGGAUGCGUUCAACUAUGGAUGAAAUGGGAACAAAAGUAAAAACGAGCCUUAACAGAGUCCGUAGCUUUAAAGAACGUGUGGCCUCAGGUAGCAAUCCACCCGUUGAUGUUCAAGAGGAAAUCAUUGCUUUGGAGCAUAUGUUUGAGUGCUUCGAAAUUAUGGUUGCAAAACACGAGCAAAAGAAAGGAGAAUGUCUUCAGACAAAAGGAGAGGUCAAUGCUCGUAAGCCUUCAGUUCUUGCAUGA